AUGAAGAAGGCUUUACUUUUGGCUCUUCUCCUUGUUAGCGCCAUGGCAUUUCCAGAUGUAAGCAGCAUCGGAGAAAAGAGACUGACUUUCUUAGACCAAAGGCUUGCAGUGGUGUACCCAGUGAUCCAGAGGUUCAAGUCACUCAUCAAUCUCGACCCUUUUAAGGUAACACAGACAUGGACUGGCUCGGACAUCUGCAGCUACAGAGGCUUCCACUGUGACAACCCUCCGGACAACAACACAGCUAUCACUGUCGCUUCCAUUGACUUCAAUGGCUUCCAGCUCUCUGCUCCCUCCAUCGAAGGGUUUAUCGACCAGUUCCCUGACUUGGCUCUGUUCCAUGUUAACUCCAACAACUUUGGAGGUUCUGUCCCUUCCAAGAUCGUCAAUCUCAAGUACCUCUACGAGCUAGACAUCAGCAACAACAAAUUCACCGGUCAGUUUCCGACCGCCGUAGUUGGUAUGCCCGGUUUGACAUUUCUUGACAUCCGGUUCAACUCUUUCUCCGGUUCAAUUCCACCGCAAAUCUUCGGUCAGAGCCUUGACGUCCUCUUCAUCAACGACAACACCUUCACCGCGAGCCUCCCGGAGAUACCUGACGACAGUCGUAUUCUCUUCUUAACGUUAGCCGACAACAAGUUCAACGGUCCUCUCCCGAGAAGCAUCCUAAGAUCAAUGUCAACGUUAACCGAAGUGCUCUUCUUGAACAAUGAUUUCACCGGUUGUGUCCCUUACGAGAUCGGUUUACUCAAAGAAGCAUCGGUGAUCGAUAUCGGUGGGAACAAGCUCACGGGUCCUUUACCACUUUCUCUUAUGUGUCUAGAGAAAGUGGAACAUCUCAACUUUGCUGGGAACCUCUUGUUUGGAGCCGUCCCGGAGGCAGUGUGCAUGGUGCUCCGAGACAAUCUUGUGAACUUGUCCUUGUCCGAUAACUAUUUUACACACGUGGGGCCUUGGUGUAAGGGUUUGCUUGAAAGUGGUGUUCUUGACGUUAAGAACAAUUGCAUUCCUUUCUUGCCAGGACAAAGAUCAAUUCAAGAAUGUGGAGAGUUCUUUGUCAAACCUAAGUACUACUGUCCCCACCCGUGGUUCCAUAGUUUCUUCCCUUGUAGGUAUUCUCACAUGUCUUCUUCCUCUCCUGGUGCUUUUAUGCCCGUCGUGGCUCCCUCACCUUGA